AUGAUGCUGAGCACCGAGAUCAAUCGGAUUUGUCCUACUAAUCCCGGCAUGAACGAUAGGAUCAGGACCAAAGCACUUGAUAUGCAUAAUUAUCGCAGGUCCAAUCUCGCUCAGGGGAAAGUUAGGAAGAUUUAUGGCCGAUUCCUUCCAUCUGCAGCCAACAUGAUAAGGCUGAGAUAUGACUGCGAAUUGGAAACAUCAGCCAGGAUGUCUGUAAACAGAUGUACCGAAUCACCCGACACUUCUUUACCGGGUAAUAUUCAAGAAAAUAUCCAUGGCAUCAAGAAGAAUGCAGCCCGUUACCGUGUCGAUGCUAUGGAUAUGGCUGUCAAGUAUUGGUGGAGUCAAGUGAGAAAAGUGGAUGGCAUUGGAAUGGCUGUCACCUACAGAGCUAUGCAUAUGCAAAGCACAAUCAGCUAUUUUACAAGAAUGGCUUGGGCAACAACCCAAUUCAUAGGAUGUGCUGUAUCUGUACGUGAAUUGUGUGGGGACACUUGGUACGUCGCAUGCCACUACAGGCCUGGAGGAAACAUCGUGGGUGAUGUGGUCUACGAAAAAGGUACUCCAUGCUCCAUGUGCUCUAUGGGAUUUUUCUGCAAUCCGAUGGACCUCUGUACAGCAGUCACUUCUUUCGAAUGA